UGUAACGUUAAACUCUGCUUGCUUGUGUAGGUGUUUAUAACAUUACAUUGCUGUAGAAGUACCAGGUUCUUCAUUAUGCGCGUUUCGCCACUCAACGUCACGUAGUUUGCAAUUUCCUUAGUUGGAUAGUUCAAAAAUACCAAACCGUCAUUUCUGGCCGCUGUACUCACGGCAAGAGCUGCGAAUCUCGCAAACGUUGCGGCCGUCGCGUGCAACUAUUGGGCUAAGGACGUCACAGCAAUCGUCACAGUUAGCGCCGUCGCAGCUAGUGCGAUGUCGGCGGACGUAGCGGCCGGAAAACGUCCGGCCAGCGCCGCCGCUAACGGCUCUCAUGCCGAUGCCGACGGCGAUGCCUCCGGCGCCCCGCCCCCAGCCAAGGCCCCCCGCCUACAUGACGGCGAGCGCGUCGCACGGCUCCCAGUUGGCGCCAACCUGGUGGAGGUGGACGGCAAGUCCUGCACACAUGAGGUAGCCUGGCCACCCGGCGAGCAAGGCAGCAUGCUGCCGCCGCCGGCGCGGGAGGGGCCCCCAGCCCGCGUGUAUCCCUUCAAGAUCGACCCCUUCCAGCAAGUGGCUGUCAACUGCCUGGAAGCGGGUCACAGUGUCAUGGUGGCAGCGCACACCUCGGCGGGCAAGACAGUGGUGGCGGAGUAUGCGUUUGCCAUGGCGCUCAGGGACAAGACCCGCGUGGUGUACACCUCGCCGCUCAAGGCGCUGUCCAACCAAAAGUACCGCGAGCUGGCUGAGGAGUUUGUGGACGUGGGGCUGAUGACGGGUGACGUCACCAUCAACCCCAACGCAUCCUGCCUGGUCAUGACCACCGAGAUUCUGCGAUCCAUGCUGUACCGGGGGUCAGAGGUUGUACGUGAGGUGCAGCUGAUUGUGUACGACGAGAUCCACUACCUGCGCGACAAGGAGCGCGGGGUGGUGUGGGAGGAGUCCAUCAUCCUAGCGCCCAGGCAGGCCCGCUUCGUGUUCCUGUCCGCCACCAUCCCCAACGCGCGCGAAUUCGCGGAGUGGGUGUCCAAGACGCACCGCUCGCCCUGCCACGUGGUAUAUACCGACUACCGACCCACGCCGCUGCAGCACUACAUGUUCCCAGCGGGCGGCGACGGGCUGUACAUGGUGGUUGACGAGCGGGGGGUCUUCCGGGAGGACAACUUCCAGAAGGCGGUUGCCGUACUGACCGACACGGACAUCGGCGCAAAGGGCAAGGGCAGCAAGGGUGGCGCCGGAGGUGCAGGCGGCGGUGGCGGCGGCGGCGGCGGUGUCGCCCCUGCGGGCGGCGCCGACUCCCAAAAGUCCGAUAUCUUCAAGCUGGUCCGCAUGAUUAUGGAACGCAACUACGACCCCGUCAUCGUGUUCUCCUUCUCAAAGCGCGAGUGCGAGGCUCUCGCCGCCCAGAUGGCCCCCCUGGAGCUGAACGGCGAGGAGGAGAAGGCGCUGGUGGCGAACAUCUACUGGAGCGCCAUGGAGUGCUUGUCGCAGGACGACCAGCGGCUGCCCCAGAUCACCUCCAUGCUGCCCAUGCUGCAGCGCGGGGUGGGGGUGCACCACUCGGGGUUGCUGCCCAUCGUGAAGGAGGUGGUGGAGAUCCUGUUCCAGGAGGGCCUACUUAAGUGCCUGUUCGCCACGGAGACCUUCUCCACCGGCCUCAACAUGCCGGCCAAGACGGUGGUGUUCACCAACGUCAAGAAGUACGACGGGGGUGCGUUCCGCUGGAUCACCAGUGGGGAGUACAUCCAGAUGAGCGGCAGGGCGGGGCGGCGCGGGCUGGAUGACAGAGGUGUUGUGAUCCUGAUGCUGGACCAGCGGCUGGAGCCGCCUGUAGCCAAGGAGAUGAUCAAGGGCGCCCCCGACACCCUCUACUCCGCCUUCCACCUGGGAUACAACAUGCUGCUCAGCCUGAUGCGGGUGGAGGGCGCGGAGCCGGAGCAGCUCAUGGCGGCCAGCUUCAGGCAGUUCCAGACCGAGCGCGCGCUGCCCUCCCUGGAGGCCCGCGUGGCGGCCCUGGAGGCCCAGCGCGACGCCAUUGUCGUACCCGAGGAGGCGGAUGUACGGCAGUACUACAACCUGCUGGAGCAGCUGGUGGCGCAGCGGGCGGCGCUGCGGGCGGCGCUGAAUGUGCCCUCCGCGGCGCUGCCCUUCCUGCAGCCAGGUCGGCUGGUUCGGCUGCUGCCCGAGCCGCCGGAGCUCAUGCGCCCGCUGCCGGACUUCAGCGAGCCACCCACUGCGGGCUUUGCCGCUGCUGCCGGGGCUGGGGCUGGUGCUGGUGGGGGUGGUGCGCAGGCGUCUACCUCGGCUCCUGACAGCGCAGGCGGCGGGGGCGAGGCGGUGGUGGCGGAGGUGACACACGGCGUGUGGGGCGCGGUGGUCAACUUUGAACGAGUCGGCGGGAAAAAAGGCGGCGAAGACGACGACGGUGGCGGUGGUGGCGGCAAAGGCAAGGGCAAGAAGAAGGGCUCCUCCUCCUCCUCCUCGGCCGCCCACUUCAUCGUGGACGUGCUGGUCAACACGGCCCCUCCGCCGGGGGGUGCGGUCGGCAGCGGAGCCACCCUGCCGCGCGGCACGCCUGUGCGGCUGCUGCCCCCCGGGGACAAGAGCGGGGUGCCGCUGGUGGUGACCUUCUCGCUAGCACAGGUUGACCGGCUCAGCAGCGUGCGCAUCUACCUGCAGCGCGACCUGCGCCCGCUGGAUGCGCGCCGGGCGGGGUGCUCCUCGCUGGCGGAGGCGCUGGUGCGGCUGGCGGGGGGCGCACGGGGGGGGCGCGUGCCGCUGCUGGACCCGGAGGAGGACAUGAAGGUGAGCGACAAGUCCGUGCGCAAGACGCAGUCCAAGCUGGAGAGUGUGGAGGGGCUGCUGGGCGCCCACCGCCUGGCCUCCGCCUGCACCCCCGUCGAGCUGCGGGCGCGGCUGGGGGCGCUGCAGCGGCGGGGGCAGGCGGAGGAGGCGGUGGCGGCGGCACGCAGGGAGGCAAAGCUAGCAACCAGCCUCAUCCUCAAAGACGAACUCAAGGCUCGUCAGCGGGUGCUGCGGCGGCUGGCCUACGUGGACGAGGGGGGUGUGGUGAGCGUGAAGGGCCGCCUGGCUGCCUCGCUAAGCUGCGGUGACGAGCUGGUGCUGGCUGAGCUGGUGUUCGGGGGCGCGUUCAACGACAUGAGCCUGGAGGCGCUGGCGGCCACCUGCUCCUGCUUCGUGUUCCAGGAGAAGGGGGGGCCAGGGGGAGGUCCCAAGCUUCGUGAGGAGUUGGUGGGUGCGCUGGCGGCGCUGAAGGACGCGGCCCGGCGAGUGGCCAAGGUGGAGCUGGAGUGCAAGAUGGCUCUGGACUGCGGCCCCCACGGCGGCGCCGCCCCCUCCAGCGACGUGGAGGAGUACCUGGCCAAGUUCCGACCCGACCUGAUGGAGCCCGUGGCGGCCUGGGUGCGGGGGGCCAAGUUCUCGGAGCUAGCCAAGAUGACCAGCGUGUUCGAGGGUUCGUUGGUUCGUGCCGUACGGCGGUUGGAGGAGUUGUUGCGGCAGUUGGGCGAGGGUCUGCGGGGCAUCGGGGAGGAGGCGCUGGCGGAGCGGUUCGAGGCGACCCGGGAGCGCAUCAAGAGGGACAUCAUCUUCGCGGCCUCGCUGUACCUGUGAUGUGAUGAAGGGGGAGGGAGGUGCUAUGAAGUGAUGGGUUGUCUAGGGGCAGUGAUGGGGCAUCUAGGUGUGUGACUGGUGGCGACUGGGAUUGCUAGUGGGGAGAUGGGUGGCGACAGGUUGCGUGUUUGCCUUUGCGAGCGUUUACCUGGGCCGGGUGCGGUGGUGAGGGGUGGCAGGGAUUGAGGAGGAGAGGGGGUAAAGAGGAAACAACUGACCGUGUGAUAAGGCGUCAUCAUGGUUUGCAACACGUGAGCCAGCCCGACCCGCCCAGCCAGCCCAGGAGGAGGUGGGGAGGGUUAAGGGGUAAGCCACAGUGGGUACUGGUAGCUAGUUGAGGCGGGAGCAUGGAACGUGUGGGGGCUAGGAAUACUAUACGACACCGCAGGACGGUCGUACGCGCCAAUGACGCCGAAAUGUACGACAUUUGAUAGCCGCCGGGAACCUGCCUGCCUGCCUGGAGUUACUGCUGAGCACUGCCGGGGUUACCUUGGCGGGGGGGGG